GACUAAAGCAACACAGCAGCUGUAUAAAACCCCAACAAUAACUCACUCUUGCUCAUUACCAGCAUGUUAACAUGCUUGACUGGAAAAUUAAAGAAACAUUUGAUGAUUGUGUUCUUCUCAGAAAGAUGAGCUGGACCAUUCUUCUUAUUGUUGGUGAGUUUAAACAUAAUUUUAAGAUGUAUAAGAACUCACUUGAUAAAUCAUUUUCCACAUUUGUUAAGUUUUCUUCCAGCCUGAGACGUCCUUUGGCUGGACUUAUCACUUCUCUGAUGCUGAGACGAUGAACUGGACCGAAGCCCGGAAGUGGUGUCAGAGCCGUUUCUCAGACAUGGUGGCUUUCCAGAACCAGAAAGAGAAUGACCACGUGGUCUCCCUGCUGCCAAACAGGACAGGCAGCCCAUAUUACUGGAUUGGAAUCACCAAAAACCACCUGAAUGAAACUUGGAAAUGGAUUGGAAACAACAGCACGUGGGUUGGUAAUCAUUCCUGGGCCACAAAGGAGCCUAACAACGUCCACGUCAACGAAUUUUGCGUGGAGAUCUACGUCAACAACGGGCCAAACCGAGGAAAGUGGAACGACGAGAAAUGUUCCAACAAGAAAUUCCCAGUUUGCUAUAAAGCUCAAUGUGAAAACACAUCGUGUGAACGAGGUUCCUGCCAAGAAACCAUAGACAACACAACUUGUCUCUGUGAAGCUGGUUUCUAUGGAGACAGGUGUCAAACAGCUAUGGGAUGCGCCCCCCUCCCUAGAAUGGACCAUGGGCAUCAUAGCUGCUGUGAAGGAAACCAGAAGUUCCACACCACUUGUACAUUUAAAUGCAAUCCGGGUUUUAUCCUGAUUGGCUCCUCGGUUGUGACCUGCAAGGCCACCGGCAUCUGGAGCCAACCAGGACCAUUUUGUACAAGUUACAAAGAGGCUCUGUUGGCUGUAGCUGCGUACGGAGCUGUGUCUUUGUGCGUCUGCGUCUGCAUCUGCGGGAUCAAACACAGAAAAAGUCAGUGUCUUGUCGGCAAAACCUGAAGUGAAAUCUUGUUGCAACACACUUUAAAUGUGUGUU